CCGCGGCCGGGCUGCGGAGGCUCCCGGGAGCGGGCAGCGCCGGGCGAGCGCGGCCAGCGGACGGCGGUGGGGCCUCCGGGGCCGCCCGCGUGGGCCGAGUGGCGCGCGUGCGGAGCAUGGCGGGCUCCCUGCCUCCCUGCGUGGUGGACUGCGGCACCGGGUACACCAAGCUGGGCUACGCGGGCAACACCGAGCCGCAGUUCAUCAUCCCGUCCUGCAUUGCCAUCAGAGAGUCGGCGAAGGUGGUGGACCAAGCGCAGAGGAAAGUGCUGAGGGGGGUGGACGACCUGGACUUCUUCAUCGGGGAUGAAGCGAUAGACAAACCCACGUACGCCACGAAGUGGCCGAUAAGACACGGGAUAAUUGAAGACUGGGACCUGAUGGAAAGGUUCAUGGAACAAGUGAUUUUUAAGUACCUUCGAGCCGAGCCUGAGGAUCAUUACUUCUUAAUGACAGAACCUCCACUGAAUACACCAGAAAACCGAGAAUAUCUUGCAGAAAUUAUGUUUGAAUCUUUUAACGUACCAGGACUCUACAUUGCCGUCCAGGCGGUGCUGGCCCUCGCGGCCUCGUGGACCUCGCGGCAGGUGGGCGAGCGCACGCUCACCGGGAUCAUCAUCGACAGCGGGGACGGCGUCACCCACGCCAUCCCAGUGGCAGAAGGCUAUGUAAUUGGAAGCUGCAUCAAACACAUCCCGAUCGCAGGUAGAGAUAUUACGUAUUUCAUUCAACAGCUGCUAAGGGAGAGGGAGGUGGGAAUCCCUCCGGAGCAAUCGCUGGAGACCGCAAAAGCCAUUAAGGAGAAAUACUGUUACAUUUGCCCUGAUAUAGUCAAGGAGUUUGCCAAGUACGACGUGGACCCCCGGAGGUGGAUCAAGCAGUACACGGGCAUCAACGCCGUCAACCAGAAGCAGUUCGUCGUAGACGUGGGCUAUGAGCGGUUCCUGGGACCUGAAAUUUUCUUUCACCCAGAGUUUGCCAACCCAGAUUUCAUGGAAUCCAUCUCGGAUGUUGUGGAUGAAGUAAUCCAGAACUGCCCCAUCGACGUGCGCCGUCCGCUCUACAAGAAUGUCGUUCUUUCGGGCGGCUCGACCAUGUUCAGGGAUUUUGGACGUCGGCUGCAGAGAGAUUUGAAGAGGGUAGUGGAUGCCAGGCUAAGACUCAGCGAAGAGCUCAGCGGCGGCAGAAUAAAGCCCAGGCCCGUGGAGGUGCAGGUGAUCACGCACCACAUGCAGCGCUACGCCGUGUGGUUCGGGGGCUCCAUGCUCGCCUCCACGCCCGAGUUCUUCCAGGUCUGCCACACCAAGAAGGACUACGAGGAGUAUGGCCCCAGCAUCUGCCGCCACAACCCCGUCUUUGGGGUCAUGUCUUAGCGCUGGCCAUGACGUCGCCAGCCAGUAGUGUCAUGUCGGUGAGCAAGUGUCCUUCAGAGCCGGAGAUACCGCGGCCCCUGUGAACGUGGCGUUUGGUGUCGAUGUCGAGGAGGGGACCUGUGGCGCUGAGUGUGGGUGGCACAGCGGCGCCAGCUCAGUGACGGCCAUCGUGUGCCGCCUCCGUGGCCUCCCUCCCUCUCACGUCCCUGCCGUCCACCCGAGCUUCUAGUGAUGAGUACUGUUCUGAGGGCGUUUAACUGCAACUUGAACAAUCAUUAGGAAAAACAGCCUAGAACAUGAUGCAAACUAGUCCCCCCUGAAAGAAUGUGGGGCCGUAAACCCUGUCCUUCCAGCCUAUUUUUGUAAAUAAAACGUUAUAAUCUGGAA